CAUUGUUCCGCUCACAGAAAAUGAAGGCGUCCCUAACUAAGAGGACUCGGGUUCCUCCGGUUUCAGUCGGAACCUGAGCCGAGAGCCCCGAGCCCCUCACUACUAUGCGCAACAUAACAUCAAUCGGGUCUUGGCUUGCGGUUUGAGAUCGUUUGCAUUGAAUCAAAAAAGUAAGAAAGGAAGUAAGUAUCGCGCUGUUGAAAUGGACACCGCCGACCAGCUUGCAUCUGUGGGAACGUUUCAAGUGCUAAAAUUACCCCUGGGAUUUAUCCGUGUUUUGGAAUGGGUCUUUGCCAUUUUUGCCUUUGCAACAUGUGGGGGCUACUCGGGGCAGCUGCGGGUCAGUGUCGACUGCAUGGAGAAGGCAAGAAGCAACCUCAGCAUUGGCAUCGACUUUGCUUAUCCUUUCAGGUUGCAUCAGGUGUCCUUCGAAGCGCCCGUGUGUGAGGGCAUUAGGGAGGAGCGCGUGUUCCUCAUUGGAGACUAUUCAUCCUCUGCAGAGUUCUUUGUCACCAUUGCGGUCUUCGCCUUCCUGUAUUCCCUCAUGGCCACCAUUGUCUACGUCUUCUUUCAGAACAAGUACCGUGAAAACAGCCGCGGACCGCUCAUUGACUUUAUAGUGACCGUGGUGUUCUCCUUCGUGUGGCUCGUCGGUUCCUCUGCUUGGGGAAAGGCUCUGUCCGAUGUGAAAAUUGCCACCGAUCCAGACGAGGUGCUGCUCCUCAUCUCUGCAUGCAAAGUCCAGACCAACAAGUGCGGCUCUGUUCUUGAACCGCGCUGGUCCGGACUCAACACCUCAGUGGUUUUUGGUUUUCUCAACUUUGUUCUAUGGGCUGGGAACAUCUGGUUUGUGUUUAAGGAGACCGUUUGGCACAAGGGGGCUUCGAGUUUAGCAGGCGGAGGAUCUGAGAAACAGUCCGGCACAUUUAACCAGCAGCCCUACAACCAGGGGAGCUUUGAUCAGUCAGCGGGCUACAACACCCAGGGAAACCUCAGCCAGCCGACCGAGUACAGCCAAGUGGGGGGACCCACCUCCUACUCUAAUCAAAUGUAGACACCUUUUGGAUUUGUAACAGUGGCACGACUAGAUGUUAAACCAGAGCCAUUGGGCAGCGAUAAGAGAAAGUUUGUUAAAAACGGUAAAAACAGUCGUAUAAAAAGGCAUCAAAGGUGUCAAAGGACAUCCUUUUGUAGGUACAGGUAGUGUUGGGUAUUGUACAACAUUUUUUGUUUUAACCUUUUGCUCCUUCUAUAUCAGGUUUGUUCUUUGCUGAAUGUUGUAUUUGUUGUUGUUUGAUUGACUUAAAAGUGAUGGUAUUUUUCUUUGUACGUGGUUAUUGCCAUUUACUGUUUUGACUGUUGUGGAAGAAAAGAAAUGCUUUGUGAUCUCAUAACGCUUCAAAUUCAAAAAACGGUGUCAAAUAAGUGCAUGAUGUUGUGUUGUACUGUUCUAAUAUGCUCUCUGUAACUAGUUUAUGUUCUAAUCUCUGGUUACAGAACUCUGACUCUACUGACUAGUACAUAUACAAUAUAUCAUUAUUUAACUCCAACUCUAUUUUGUUAACGAGUAAUUCUAAUUCUGAUUUUGAAUUAGAUUUUGUGAAAAGUAUGAGUUAUAUUUGUUUUGACAAAUAUGACAAAUUCAACCCAUGUCUGACAUUGACUGGGUCAGAAAUUUGAAAUAUUUAAAGCAAAAACUGUAUUUUGCAAAAUGCACUAUACCAGUUUGUUCAAGACCAAAGAAAGGUACGGUAUCUAACCGUUUCUUUCCAUUCCUUUUUACUUAUAUAUCAUUUCAUUUUAAUAAUUGUUAUAUAUGUUACACCUCUCUAAAGCAUGUCCAGAGUAUCAAUUCACACUGCACCAGUAGCACAGUGUUUAUGUAUGGUGAAUGGUGACAUCAUUUAUAAUGAGCUUUUAAAUCACUUCCGUUUUGUAAAAAAAUGAAUGAAUCUGUGAAAUUCCUGAAUAUUAAUACUGGCUGGAUAAACCCAGUGGUUGCUUGUUUACAUGUACAUGACUUGUGCAACCUUGUUUCUUGACCUCCCUGGCAUGCGACUUGCAUCAGUGUAACAAAGCACACAGGACAACCUCGUGUGUAUGACGGUUUGACAUCCAUGAUAAACGUGUACAGGUCCUGUUAAUUACACUUUUAGUCACUUCAUUAUUGUGGAUAUUUUACAGGCUUUCUUGUUAAUAAAUUGGCCGAUGCACAACCUGAUCUGCAUGUGA